AUGACCAUCAAAGCCUGGUUCGACGUCGAGUACACCGACGCUGCGCUUGACAAAGCCAGAAGUGAUGCUCAGCGUUCUGGCGGUGCUGUCCCAGCUCCCAAGAAAGGACGUAUCAACUUCAAUCUCUACGACGACGUAGUCCCAAAGACUGCCGAGAACUUCCGUGCCCUUUGCACCGGCGAGAAGGGUUUCGGCUACAAGGGUAGCAAAUUCCACCGAAUCAUUCCUCAAUUCAUGCUUCAAGGCGGUGACUUCACUCGGGGCAACGGCACCGGCGGCAAAUCGAUCUAUGGUGAGAAGUUCGCCGAUGAAAACUUCAAGAAACAACACUCCCGACCGGGUCUGUUGUCCAUGGCCAAUGCGGGACCAAACACCAACGGCUCUCAAUUCUUCAUUACCACCGUCGUGACCUCUUGGUUGGAUGGCAAGCACGUCGUCUUCGGCGAAGUUGCCGAUCAAGAGAGCAUGAAAGUCGUCUCGGAUCUCGAGAAGACUGGUUCGGGUACCGGUCAAGUCAAACUGGAUUUCAAGCCCACCAUCGUUGACUGCGGUGCCGAGUAA